CGGCAUCAGCGUCCGCGGCGUACCGCCCCACAGCGACAUACCCGCGCACCCGCGGUCCUGACCACGACAUGCUGCGCGCCUCUCCACGGCGUCCACGGCGUCCACGUUCGUCAAGAUGCCUGCCACAUACAGAGUGCGCUUUUCCUCGUCGCAGCCCGCCCGCUUCGCACACGUGCCCCAGCCGACGGCCACGGAGACCGAGUCGCAGCUCCACGGACGCACCAGGCGCAAGAGCCGCGGGGGCUGUCGCGAAUGCAAGCGGCGCCGCGUCAAGUGCGACGAGCGCUUCCCCAUCUGCGUGCGAUGCCAGCGUCGGGGCAGCGUGUGCCUGAUGGAUCCAAAGGCGAGCACAUGGCAGCUCGAGCUGCCCGGCCUGACGAUGCAGCGCUCGCCCAGCAACACGGCACUGAUUGGGUCGCACGUUGACGCACGCCUGCUACGACGGUGGCUCGACAGGACCAGCCAGAUUAUGGUCCUGAAUCCAGACACCAACCCGCUGAGCUAUCCACUGCUCGCCGCUCUGCAACCCUGCCCUUGGCUGGCCUCGGUCCUGCAGAGCAUCAGCGCAGCCCACGAGCGCAACUUCAGCCAGUCGGCCUCGACCGCCUGCGUCGUCCACCGCGGCCAUGCCCUGCGUGAGUUUUCCCGCCAGCUCAGCUCCCCCGAUCCCCCACUAGCCGCCAUGCUGCUCGGCGUCUUCCUGCUGGGUGUCUCGUCGUGCUGGAUCGAUGCCGAUCCUUCUCAGUAUGGCGGCGAGCAUAUCCUAGGAGGCCGCGCCAUAUUCGACAUGUUGCUGGCCCGAGAUGCCUCGAAACGCGAACCCCUCGACUGGCUCGCCAUCAGCUGCUGGAUCUACUGGGACAUGGCCUGUUCCCUGUGCGUCGAUCCCGCCGUCCAAACCCCGAUGGACUCGCCCGCCGUCUACUCCGCCAUUGCUGCCAUGAAGGGCGACUAUCACUGUAUGAUGGGCUACUCCGUUCAACUCUACCAUCUGCUGGGCACUCUAGGUAGAUACUGUCGAGGCGUUAUAUCGCUGGGGGAGAAGGACCUUGUCCUGGAAUGCUUGCUGGAAGAGCAACUGCUAGAGACAAAAGGCCCCAAUCCCAUACCAGACAAUGAGCUGGCCUGGCUUGAAGAGGCCUACCGCUUGCACGGUCUUAUACUGUUGUACAGAAUAUGUGGCGUUCAGCCCUAUCUUUUGCGCGAAUGGGACGACCCCGAUGACCACAUCCACCAACUUGCCCUCCAAGCCGUCCAUCUCCUCUCUCUCAUCCCCAUCGAUUCUUGUUAUCUGACAAUGCAACCCAUUCCUCUCUUGACCGCCAGUGCUGAACUCUGGGACGAAGACGUUCAAGAACGCGACGACGUUACACGGCGAUUUAAGGCACUGUAUUCGGCAAAUCGAACCCCCGUAAAUGUGUGGGCUCUGCAAAUGAUUCGAGAGCUGUGGGAACUGCGGAGUAUUGGGAUAGUUGUUUCUUGGGUUGACUUGAUGAUAUCGAAGAAUUGGUGUUUCACUCUAGGCUGACAUUCGCCAGUGCAAAAAAAUAAAUGUAAAAGGAGUGUAUAAGA